UUGGCACUUUAAAGUGCUUUCCAUGUGAAGCAGAUAUGGAGUGUAUUUCCAGUGUAAAACCUCCCCAAAAAAUUUUUGCCUUUAUUUUCCAAACAAUUAAAAAUAGUUCUGUGAAACAACAUGUUGUUUAAAGCUUCAUUUCUGCAGGAAAUAAAUAUAUCAACUUUGUUAUCAAGAUGUCGAUUGUAGUCUUCAGAUAAGAUGCUUUACUUCUCCUUUGAUGGAUCAGCUGUAGCUGAAUGUUAUUCAAUUUUUUAAUUGUAAAGAAAUACAAUGACCAGAAACUUUAAUUCUCAAUUAAGUGCUGACUGUGACAUAGAAAAAGCUGGACUCUUGGAGGAUGAAAAAGAAUCGUUCUUUAAUCAUUCCCGAUUGACUUACAAGCAUUUUCAUUCUCGAAGUAUUCGUCGGCUAUGGAACCAACUUUCAAGAUUACAGAGAUUUAUUAUAUGUACAGUUUUUUUCUUUGUGAUAAUAUGCUUCAUUGUAAUGCUGCCAUGGACUGAUAGUUCCUUCCUAACUGGUAAUCAUUCAAUGCGUGAUAAAUCUGCUCAAAUUGAUGGCAAACAGAGAUUGGGAGAACAUUUCAAUGAUGAAGAACAGAACAAGCCAGACCUUAGUGAAAAAGUCUCUAUAAAGAAAGAUGCAGCAUUUAUUCCAAAGCUCAAGAUGGAGAAAGUUAGUUUUGAUGAUGUUGAAAAUAAUAUGUUGGAAAACAUCCUUGGAUCAACAGCUGAACAUGAAAAUUCUGCCCAAGAUAGACAAAAUGCAAUAGUAAAGGCAUUUUUACAUGCUUGGAAAGGAUAUCGAAGUUAUGCCUGGGGUCAUGACCACCUUAAGCCAAUUACUAAAACCUUCCAAAACUGGUUUGGCCUUGGGCUUACAAUUGUUGAUUCUUUAGACACCUUGUAUAUUAUGGAUUUGCAAGAAGAAUUCAAUGAAGCAAAGGAAUGGGUGAAAGAAAAACUUAAUUUCAAUGUAAAUAAAGAUGUGAAUUUUUUCGAAACUACAAUUAGAGUGUUGGGUGGUCUUCUCAGUGCCUUUCAUCUUAGUAAAGAAUCGCUUUUUUUGGAUAAAGCGAUUGAUUUAGCAAACAGACUACUGCCAGGAUUCAAAAGUUCAUCAGGUGUACCAUUUUCUGAUGUAAAUCUUCAAACUGGUAAUGCUCAUCCACCAAAUUGGGGCCAAGAUAGUACUGUUUCUGAAAUUUCUACUGUGCAAUUGGAAUUCCGAGAUAUAAGUCGUCUAACUGGAGAUCCAAAGUUUGAAGUUGAAGCAUUUAAAGUCUCACAGCACCUUCAUCAGUUGCCAAAAAAAGAUGGGCUGGUUCCAAUGUUUAUAAAUGCUGAAAGUGGGCAGUUUCGGUCGACAUCUACCAUCACAGUUGGCGCAAGAGCCGAUAGUUACUAUGAAUAUUUACUCAAGCAAUGGGUUCAAACAGGAAGAACAAUUGAUUGGUUAAAAGAUGACUAUUUAGAAGCUAUUGAUGGCAUUUCAAAGCACUUAGUUAGGAAAUCAUAUCCAAAUAAAUAUGUUUUUGUGGGAGAAUUGCUUAGUGGACGUAGUUACAGCCCUAAAAUGGAUCACCUUGUCUGCUAUUUGCCUGGAACUUUAGCGCUUGGUUAUCAUUAUGGAAUGCCAUCAUCUCAUCUGCGCUUGGCUUUUGACUUAAUGGACACUUGUUAUAAUAUGUAUUCCCACACUUCUACAUUUUUGAGUCCAGAAAUUGCUUACUUCAAUCUUUCACCACAUGGCUCUAGUGAUAUUAUUAUAAAGAGCAAUGAUGCACACAAUUUACUUCGACCAGAAACUGUGGAAAGUCUGUGGUAUUUGUAUCAUCUCACACACAAUGAAACAUAUCGUGAUUGGGGUUGGCAAAUAUUCCAAGCUUUCGAGAGGUAUUCAAAGGUAGAAGGUGGGGGAUAUACUACAAUUGGCGAUGUUAGAAAUCCUGUAUUAACUAGACCAAGAGAUUUAAUGGAGAGCUUCUUUUUAGCAGAGACUUUGAAAUAUUUAUUUUUGUUAUUUAGUGACAAUCAAGAAUUAUAUUCUUUAGAUAAGUAUAUUUAUAAUUCUGAAGCUCAUUUGCUGCCUAUUUUUAAUUCCUAGUUUGCAAUAUUACUUUUUAUACUUUAUUAUAUUUGCAGUUUUGUUUUGCAUUUUUGUAUCUUAGAAUUUAUGUUGGGAUUUUUUACAUCAAAGUAAUUGUGGGACAGUUCUGAAGCUUUUUGAGCCUCUUGAAAUGAUUUUUUCUUGUUAAUCAUUUCUUUUUAAUUGAAUGUUGUAAAACUGUUUUAAUUCCAAUAAUAUUUCUUUACAAAGUGAGACCUUGUUACAUGAACAUUUUGGGAACAAAAAAUAUGUUUGCUGUUAUCUAAAGUUAAUGUUGUAUGGAUAGCUCCAGCUGUGUUUACGUUAAGCAUGUUUGUGUUGACAGGGUUUGACUUUGUUUUAUUGUUAUCUAUUAACUGUUUUAAUUAAACCACAAAUCCGAUCGCUCUAAGAAUAUUUAAAAAAAUUCAAUGUUUAAAGUUUUAAAAAUGUAUUUUUUUAAGAAAGAUACUCCGAUAAAUGUAGAACUUGUGUAAAAAUCGACACAUUUGUGACAUUUUGUAAUCUAAUUACGUUUGUUUUGUGAGGUAUGUUGAAAUAAUUGUUGUUCUGAAAUGUGAUUUAUAUAUUUAAUUUUUUAUUUAAAACUCAUUUUGUGUGUAAAUUGUUGAACAUACUGCAUUUGAAAAUAGUUUUUAAAAUGAUAAUCCUUUAUGCAAUCAAUAAACAAUAUUCAAAGUCUCA